AAAAGAUAAUUCUGCAAGUUCAUCAUGAGUAUAGCAUGUGCUUCAUGAAGUUUUGGUACUUCUGCAGUGGGGAUGAUAGACUUUGUAUUCAUCAUAUAAGCUUCUUCUGACCCAGUUAAACAGGUUGAGAAGAAUCUCACUGGAGCCAUUGUUAAGGUCAGAAGAGAAGGAUGAGAAUGUACUUCACAAAGGAAAGGAACUACAAAAAAAGAACGUGGUUUUGUUGCAGUUGAAAUGGACUCAGAAAUCAAGGAAGAAGUUCCUGUGCAUGAGGAAUUCAUUUUAUGUUGUGGAGUUGAAACCCAGGUUCUAAAAUGUGGGCCCUGGACUAACCUUUUCAAUGAGCCAAGAGCCAACAGGCCUAAGCUGCUUAUUUUUGUUAUUACAGGUAAUCCAGGAUUUUCUGCCUUUUAUGUACCAUUUGCAAAGGCUUUGUACUCCUCAGUAAACCGAUGUUUCCCAGUUUGGGUUAUCAGUCAUGCUGGACAUGCUUUGGUCCCCAAAGGCAAGAAGAUUCUUACAACCUCAGACGAUACAAACGCUCAAGAAAUUAAUGACAUCUAUGGACUACAAGGUCAAGUGGAACACAAGCUAGCUUUCCUGAGAACUCAUGUGCCAAAGGAAAUAAAACUUGUGGUCAUUGGCCAUUCAAUAGGCUGCCAUUUUUCUCUUGAGAUUUUGAAGCUUGCCCCUGAACUCCCAAUAAUUCGCUCCUUUCUGCUCUUUCCAACAAUUGAGCGAAUGUCUGAGUCACCGAAUGGCAGGAUCGCCACUCCACUCCUGUGCUGGCUUCGAUAUGCUCUCUAUGUUUUUGCCUACCUUCUACUUAAACCAUGGCCUGAGAAAAUCAAGUCCUUUGUUAUCAGAAUUGCUCUUCAAAUGAUGAACCUGCAGAGCGAAUUUUCGGUCCUAAACAUAUUAGAACCAUUCUGCCUUGCCAAUGCUGCCUACCUUGGAGGCCAAGAAAUGAUGAAAGUGGUGAAGAGAGACAACGAAACCAUAAAGACAUAUUUAUCUAAGCUUACAUUUUACUAUGGUACUACAGAUGCUUGGUGUCCAAAAGAAUACUAUGAAGACAUAAAAAAGGAUUUUCCAGAAGGAGAUAUUCGGCUCUGUGAGAAGAAAAUACCUCAUGCAUUCAUCCUCCAUUUUCCCCAGGAAAUGGCUGACAUGGUAGCUGACUGGCUAAAGGAUGAUCUGUCUAAAAUAUAAGUACUGACCCAUGGAAACAUCACUGACAGCUAGUACAUAGCAGCAGUGGCUGUGCCAUCUCUUAGUAGUUAGUAUACUUGGUAGGUAAGUGUUCAGUGUGAAUGUUUGAUAUUAGAAGAAGGAAAAAAAAGAACCUUUUGGCUUACUAUCAGCUCCUAGCUAGCCCCCCAUACUACAGGCUGAAGUAAACACAGUUGAUGAAAUACACCAUAGGUUUAACAGCACAUUUUCCAAGACUCAGGGAACACAGAGAUCAGUGAUCUAAACAAGACCCUUCAUGUUUGCAUGAGAUUACCCCAGUGGCACCAUGCAGUUGAUUGUAGUAGGCAGGAUCCUUGCAGACAAAAGUCUAAAUUUAGUUGAUUUUAAUACAGUUACCAUGUAGAAUAGGCUCUCCUAGAGGAAAUCAUGAAAUACCUACUAGAAAAUGUAAAGGGCAUCAGUAAAGUGUAGAGUCAGAUAUGUAAGUGGACGAGGUCUUGAGGAUGCACAUUCCAGGAGCAGGAAGUGGUGAGUAGUGGAUCUUGGUAGCGGACCUGGACAGAAGCUAAAGAUCAGCCCAGACUAACUUUGUAGAGAUCUUGGCUGAGGUCCUCAGUAUCACACUGGAUACCAGGACAGCCUGCAUCACCCCCCACUCCCCCCACGAUACUACCUUGCAGCAUGUCACAAACCACCAAGCAGUGCCAGCAUCAAGGGGAGGCAGUGCUUGUCUGCAUCUCUAAGAUGCAGCUUCUAAGAAGCUUCCCUGAGGAGUGAGACUUCCUGAUCUUCCUGCAUUAGUUGGACACUGAAGUUCACCAGACAUAACUUUGGUGAAGGAACCCAAUGAGAGCUGUUGAAGGAUCCUGACUGCACCUCUUGCCACAAGACAGCCGGCAAGCUCUGUGCUGAGCUCUAGCCUGCCAGGUUGGGAGGCCCUGGGUGUCCCAAAGCCAGCCUGUACCUCCUCAUAAGAGUUGCCCCUUCUGUGAUUUUUCCAAUAAAACUAUAUUGAGGACCAGCUAUGAGCCAAAUACUGUGCUAGGCAUUGAGGAUAAAGUUCUUGGCUAUGUCAUGAUUCUUUUCUUAGGAAAAUCUUCCAGUAAGUAACUUUCGGGAGGGCAUCUUUCAGUUGCUGAAUAGAGAAUUGCUAUAAAUGAGUUCUACAUUUCUGCCCCGGCUUUGUUAGUUGGAAAGAAAUUGUUUUACUAAUGAACCAAAAGAAGCCAUAAUGAAUCAUGUGAAUUCACCUUCUCUGGAUGCCUUGAGGUCCAGUAGAGAAGCUUGUUGUCCAGUCUCGAGUAGGCUCACUAUAUUUCUGCCUUCCCUAAAAUGACUCAAUCCUGGGACCCUAGGAGCCAAUAAGUCCCACUGACAGCAGUGAUAGUUGACGACUAAUCAGAACAUUCAGUUUUCUCCUAGAGGAGACCCCCCUCAUGGUGUUAUCAUUCCUUAAGAACAAUAGAAUAUUGUCCUUCCUUCCAAAGCCCUAAAGCCCCCAAUGAAGGAUUCAGUUCUGAUAUGCUGCCAACCCAGUGGUGAGCAUAGAACAAGUUGCUGUCCUGGCAUGGCUUCUGCAUCUGAGCAAAUGACUUCUCAGAAGGGAAGAGCCAAGCCCCAGGCAAGGAGUGCUCUUGGCCCUGGAGAGAAGCCAGGAGACACACAGACCAUUGGCACAGGGCUGCACACAAAAUCCUGAUUGCCCUCUGUGAGGGGAGGCCUUCUGGAAGUCUGAUGUUAGAAGCUUAGGAUUCAUGGCUCUGCAGUGCCUUGCAUAUAGGAGAUGCUCAGUAGUACUAACUUGACACAUUUGAGCAAAUCCUGGGUGAAUCACACCUACUAGAAUAAUAAUAUCCCCUAGCUUUACUUUCAGCAUUAUUUUAUAUUACUACGUAUUUCAGAAUUCUACAUGUAUGACAUUGUGUCUUAACUUUGGUUUUUCAGAGCUUAAAAAAAUGAUAAAAUAAAAUGAUAAAGUAAAAGAUGCUGGCUCGUUUUCUGUUUAUCAUCUGAUGGCCAAAUGAAUUUUCAAAAUAAAUGUUUUACCAGCAUU